UUGUGUUGCAUUCCAAAGCAUAGAUGUAUAAUCCGUGAUUCCCAACACGCGUUGAGCUGUCUGUCUGGUUUCCCGGGGCCAGAGAAGUUGCUGAAUUUAGUUCCGUUUUCUCCGGGAAGUCCGCGCAAACGUGAGAAUGGACGAAGCACUUGUUCGUGCCACAAUCCCUCGUGAUCUGGUGAAGGCUCUCGGUGUUGAGUCUCAAACCAACUCGAAGGCGGAGGCCUUCACCCAGGCGUUCCUGAAGAGCAGCAUUCAGCAGCACGCACGGCAUGAUCUGAAGAGCAUGUUGAGUCACAAGGCUGUGAUACUGGGCUACGCCAGGCCCAAGAAGGGCAAGUCGAAAAGGAACAGCAAGAAAGCCAAAGGACUCAACGCUCGGCAGAAGAGGGCGAUGAAGAUUUUCCAGAUCAAGCCUGAGCACCAGAGAUACAAGCUUUUCCUGCCUCUGCAUGAACUCUGGAGACAGUACGUUAUUGACCUGUGCAGUGGAUUGAAACCAACGAGCAGUCCACAGUUUGUGCAGCAGAAGCUUCUGAAGGCAGACUUCCAUGGUGCCAUCAUCACAGUGGUCCGGUCUAAAUGCCCUUCCUAUGUGGGGACUACAGGGAUUCUAGUCCAAGAGUUCAAACAUGUCUUUAAAAUCAUCACCAAAGAAGACAAACUGAAAGUGAUCCCUAAGAGGAACAGUGUGUUUGCAGUGGAGAUCAACGGCUUCGUCUCCCACAUCUAUGGAAGCAAGUUCGAACAGCGAGCCAGUGAACGCUCCGCCAAGAAGUUUAAAGUGAGAGGAACCAUCGACUUGUGAUGAGUGUCGCUAAGAGACAUUACAAACGCAGCCUUCUACUGCCCUCUAUUGGCAGUCUGGAGGAACUGCACCAACAAUGACCAGCGUUUAACAGAUGGAUUGUGGUCAUUUACUGUAUGUGGGACUGUAAAACUUUAAAAAUUAUACUUGAGUUUUUGGUUCAGUUUUUCACCCCGCUGCAUGUGGACAACUUUCACACAUAGGCAUCACCUUAUUUUAAAGGGGAACUCCACCAAUUUUGCACAUUCAGGAUCACUGUAGGAGUGAAACCAGUUGUAUAAUGUGUCUCUGUGUUAUGCUUAUGCUGUCAUCAGGAUUGUCUCAAUUUGGGCUUGGAGCUCCUGAAGUUCCUUGUUGUGAUAUGAAUGGAAGUAACUGGGAGAAUGCGACUCCAGAAACUGACGUGGCGCGAUCUGCUAGAAUCGCCUUACUGUUGGAGUUGUUGGAACUCCAGAAAUACUCAGGACUCAUCACGAAGGAUUUCACAGACACCGGCUGCAGGGAGCACUUUAACCAGACAACAGACAAGUUUCAUUUAGGCUUUUUAAGUUAAGUUAGUUAAACUCAAUUAUUUAUUUUGCCAAUCUGGGUGUCAAAACUCAGAACCACUCGUACCGGUGUGGACAAAUACAUUCACACACUCUAACUUUGGCUGGCAUGCAAGUGAAGUGCUGCACUGCAGAGGCCAGCUGUCAUCCAGGUGAGCAGCGCUGCAGUAGCAGGCUGAGGUGGACAAAACGCAGGAGAGGUCCGUAAAGAAGUAGAUUCAUCAGCUUUCUUUUAGCUGAUACUGAUCCAUUAAAAUAUGCUCGGAUCGGCCCAGAUACUGAUCCUUAGGAUCCGUGUGGGACUGGGAGUGUGUUCUGGGUGUUCUGGGAGACUAAAAGUCAGGAUAUCUCUGCCUCUGCUGUUUCAAUCUUGGAUCAUUCUAUUUAGAAUCUAUGUCUUGCAAGUCUCCCAAUGUUUUUAAAAUGUGUAAAACUAAAUUGCUGGAGUGCCCCCUUUAAUAGUCAUCAAACACUGUGGAGGCACUGAGACGGGGUUUUGCUGCAGGUGCGUGUUGUUGAUCAGGGCCUUGUUAAAAGCAGUGGAAGUGUCUGAGGGACAGUUGCUGCCUUUACAUGAUGACUGUUAUAAAAACGCUGUUUCUUAUAACACUCUAUUGUCAGAACACUCUGAGAGAGUGCUGGGAAGAUGCACCACUCUUUGUUCCAUUCUGUCUUUUCCAAGCGCUCAGUGCUUCCGAGUGAUGAGCAGAAGGCUCGCCCUCAGUUCAGUCCAGCGGGGCAUCAGAAAUAAAUACUUUUCUUAAACUAAACAAUGUUUCUGUAGCAAAUGUUGGCAUCGAGUUCCUGGUCACAUUUUUAGUUGUUCACCUUUGAUCAGAUGUUUCUGGAUUUAAAUCGUGUUUUGCACGCCUGCUUCAUGUUCAGACAAACAUUAAACACUGAACUCUGAAAAA